AGGAAGCAGAAGGUUCGAGUGACAUCUUAGUACACCGUGGACUGUAAAAUUUUUAAUUUUCUGCGUUUCUCAACCAGUGCCAAGGUUUGUAUUGGCUACCACCAAUCGUAGGUUUCGAUACAAAAAAGCGAAUGUAUGAAUUCUGGAUGUAUCUUUUUUGUGAAGUAAAGUGAAAAGUGAGCCCCGCUAAAAAAAAUAGCACGCUGUGUUGGCAGUACUGCAUAGAAAGUAAAACGAAGCAUCGGAAAAAUCGUCUUGUAACCCAUCUUUGCUGUCACCUGGACCGGGCAUGUCAUCCGGUGAAAUGCGGGUGAAAGUAACUGCGUCUGCAGACCGACAAGACGCGAUCCGCACGGCCACUGCACAGCCAGCGCCGGUAUUAGCCGUCCGUACGAGUACAACUGGAGAUGUGACUCCCAAAGCCGUUCCCGAUCGCGAUCGUGUGAUCGCAGCAGACGUCAAAAAUACAGCAGUAGCAAGUAGCAAAGAUGCUCAAGCAACGGAUAAUCCUUUCAAUGGCAUUGACUUCGGUACUAUGGUACAGAAAAUAAGAAAAGACUCUCAUAAACCCAAGUCUAAAUAUCCUACGUUCAUAUAUAAACCCAGUGAGGAGCUUCCGGACAAGUCUGAUUAUCGAAAAUCAUUCGGUACGGGUGAAAUGAGUAAUAUACAAUACAAAGUGGCUGCAAAACCCGGUACCGCGCAGGACAGUGCGGAGCGAAAUUCCAUUGUGAUCAGAAAAUGGUCCACCGAUGGAGGGUUGAAAAGCGUAGAAAAACCUAGGAAUACCACUUCCGAAUCUUCGAAAAGGAAGAGCACACACGAUCGUAGGAUUGAUUUAGCCAAUGUUGAUCAAUUAAUCGAUGAGAACGUGGCUGCCGGUGGAAAAAUGAGGAAUGUGGCCAAACAUUUCCGCAGGCAGAGCACACACAAUUUCGAGACUUAUGUUCAGCCUACCGUGAAAGAAGUUAGAAACAUCGUGCCGAGUACUGAUGCAAGCGAAAAACAUGGUACUGCCGGAAACCAACCGCAGCAAGAAAGCAGUAUUGCACAGCCGGAACCGAUAGAACCAGCGGCCCUUACUAGCAGCAUUGGUAAAGAUGAUUUCGAAGUGCAGAAUAAAAGUUUCCCUUCGGCAGAUGGGACAACAAAAGUGUCCAGGGAAAUAAAAAUUCUAAAAGAUACACAAUCCCAAUCGAAAGUUCUGGCGGGGUAUUUAGAUGACGCAUCCCAGCAAGGAAAAUUACGUAAACGUCGCUCCGACAGCGCAUCACCAGCUUGCACGAGUGCGCCUAAACAGGUGUCACCUGCUGCUGCACCUGCAGUGGCACACCGAAAGCGGCUGCAGAGCCGAUGUUCCGUCGCGGAGGACGAUCCCUCCACAGUCGGAGUCACUAAUAGACGUACUGGUAUGCGUUCAGAUAAUGAAGAAUUCAAAUUAAAGCAUCAGCGUUUCUUACACAACUUACACGACAAAGGUGCCGAAGCAAUGGACGAUUCGGUGGGAGAGGACACUUCCCAUGACCAGCCAACGACGGCGAAUGAUAGCUUAUCAUCAUUCGGUAGCGAUGGAAUAAUGUCCAUAAAACCGCUAGACGAAUCUUUUGGACCAAUAGCGGAACCUCCGAAGCCCGGCUACGAUCGCUUCUGUUUCCGUUGUAAGCAAAGCAAAGGAGAAAGUUUGGUUGGCUGCAACUCUUGUAUUCGCAGCUUUCACCAAGGCUGUACACGACCGAUGUACAACGAUGACAACUGGACCUGUCAGGAGUGCAAAUCAUCGUCAUUGGCGCAUGAAACCAAUCCUUUUCCUACCGAAGGCUACGUUAACUUGCACGAUUGCCUGCAGUAUGUCCUAGAGAUGCUGUUGUGUAAUCAUGAAGCGAACCGUUUAUUCAAUCCUUUGGAUAAGGCAGCGAUUAAGUCAUAUGAACGAGUAACACAUCAUAUGGAUUUAGUGGAAAUAUCAAACAAGUUGAAGGCAAAACAAUACAGUACAACAGAAGAGUUUUUGGCAGACUUGAACUGGAUUGUACAUAACAUAACAAUAUGUUCUGACAAUUCUAAAACAUUAAGUGUGGCUAAGGUGUUGUAUAAAGUUGGCAGAUUACAGAUCGUAAAUAUGGAAACGUGUCGUGAGUGUUAUAUGAAUGUUCACAGAAAGCAGGCGACAUGGUUUAAAGAAGCCUGCAAGAACCCGCACUUGUUGGUAUGGGCCAAGUUAAAGGGGUUUCCGCACUGGCCCGGAAAGCUGAUGAGCGUGAACGCUAACAAUCAGGCGGAUAUACGAUUUUUCGGGGAACACGACCGUGCCUGGGUGUCGGUGAAGGAUUGCUACCUGUUUUCGAAAGAAAGUCCUAAUCCACAGAAAUCUGCAAAGAAACAGCAACUGAGUGAGAGCUUAUUUGAGGCAGGGGAGCAUAUCGAAAACCUUAUUAAACGUUUUGGGUCGUUUAAUUAUGCUCCAUACCGCACUCCUUUGGACCCCACCCGUAUCGACGACCAUUUGAAGGAGAUGGUUCCCAAUGCAUUUGAAGAAAACAGAUCCAACGCACCUAUGAUAAAGAUAAAAAUUGUAAAUAACCACGGAAAGAUGACUGCUCAUACAUCGAAGGGAUCAAUUGGCGAAUCACCAUCGUCUACUGGAACAGUAUCGAUGGAUAUAUCUUCUUCUACUGAUUCUGCCAACAAACCAAACCAAAAGCGCGUCACGCGCAGGGCGUCGAAGGCGGCGAUGCUGAAUGAUGAUGAGGCAAAAGUGGUACCGGAAACAGAAAGCGAUGUAAAAGUCGCAAAGAAACGAAAGAGUGUAUGCUUCCAAAAACCAUCCCCCUCGGAAUCUGAAUCGGUUGGCAAGCUGGUUAUACAUCGCAAUUCUGGAAACUGGGCAACGGAAAACAUCUCUAAGCGCCGCAAGUCGGUUAUGGUUUCCCCAGCGGAAAACAAAAGCAAAGCAAAGAACAGCUCGGAUGCGAAUGGGACGGACAGUAAUGUUAAUAUCGCCGAGGUAACAGAUAACCAAACCCCGCCUGAGCAAGAUGACAACAGGUUGAACGAGUCUCCUUUACCUCGUAAAAAUAACGAGCAGCUUGAAGCUAAUGUAUCUAAAGAAAUUCCACCUACUGCCACAACCACACGUAAUAAAGCCUGCAAUCCUUCGCCAGAUUCCAGCAAUGCUGAAGUAGUACCUUGCGUCCCAAUACCGAUAAAGGUAGAAAAACUUGACGACGAGUAUGAAAAGGCAUCGCUAUCUGGCGGUUCCCCUGAAAGCAUCUCCGCAGCCACUGUGCAACAGACGCAUGAACGAGGUCGCCCUGCUCCCGUAUCGGAAAAUAUUUCCAAAAAUCAAAAGGCGAGAAAAUCUUUUCCUGGGGUGGCCCGAAAUAGUGUUGGUCCGGUCUCGAUAGGCAAAUCGAGCACAAUGAUGACCAUCGUUCCGAAGGCCAGUGUACCGGAAAGUAAUUCGCCAAUAAUAUUGGUACCAAAUAUUACGGCGGAAGCUGUCCGUCUCACCAAUAAUUGCACUGCGUCGUCGAAUGGUACGGUUGGCAACAAGGAGGCCUCAAAGAUACCAGUUUCCACCUCGUGUACUGUUGUUCCGGCAAGCUCUACCAACAUUCAGCUUCCUUCCAGCAAACAAAAAACAACAGUCGUCAGAGCAUCAAUGGUGCUGUUGCCAAACCUUGAAAAAUCCAUCGAUACUCAAUCGCCUCCUACGGGGCUGCAAAGCGUGCCUAGCAACAACCAACAGCCCCGACUGGCAUCAGUUUCCGUGGCGGCGACUCAACCUGCUAAGCAGCAAUUCGCGGUACUGCAAAGUGAAGUCCUAAGUAAACAACACCCUAUGGCGGCACCAGUUUCAAUUCCGACAACAGGAGCUUCCGUAAAGGAACCAACUCAAACGUUAAUACAACAAAGUGUAUCCAGCAGCAGUAAGCAACAUCUUGGCGUGGCACCAGCAUCCGCUGCGAUUCCCGGCCUCAGGCAUCAGGAAUUGCCACUAAACGUGCAAAAUAUUGCUAACUACAAACAACCGUUUCGUAUGUCGCCAGUUUCCGUGCCGGCAUCGGGCGUCCCAUCGGUGACCACUGAAUUGGCGCCUGCAACAUCUGCGCCACAACAGUCAACUGUCUCUACUGGAAGUGUAAAUAGUCCUCGGUUGAUGCUCCGAAAUUGUGGAACUGUAAACAAUUCAAAUGCCUGCAGCUCCCUCCCAGAGGAUCAAGAUGUCAUCGUGAUUGAUGAAGGAUCCCCAGAGCCAUCUCCAGCUGCUGUAAGAUCGAAUAUGAAAAGAAAAGGUUCACAGCGAAAUUGCACCCUGCCGCCUUUGCAACCCAAACCGAGUGGUUCCCAAGAAGGAGAGCUUGAGAGCAACCUAUCGUUUACCGAACUACUCGAUAACUAUGCUAGUCAGGUCGCCGAAAAAUCUCGCGGUUUGCUCGAGCACACCUUACGGCAGCUAGCAGAUGACGGAUUGUUGAAAGCGAAGGUUGUUCAGCUAACAUUGGAGCUUGAGCAGACCAGACAACAGCAUAGUCUGACGAUCGAAAGACUAAAGAAAGAGCAUAAAGAUCAGAUAGAAACUUUGCGGCUUGACAAAAUUCGAAGCGUGGCUAAGGCGAAAAAGGCCAUGUGGUGCCGAAGCUGCCAUCUCGAGGCAAAUUUUUAUUGCUGUUGGAAUACGGCCUACUGCUCGGACAAGUGCCAGAUGGAUCACUGGCCCCAGCACGAACCUGCCUGCGAGCAGAUGAAGAAAGGAACGAAGAUUAACACUGUUCCAAGGUCUCCGGAAGGAAGUGGUUCAUUCGUCAGCCCGUACCCUUCGUCCUCAAAGGCUAAAGUUCAGGUACGCCAACGAAUGCCAGCCAGUUCCCCCACGACCAUCAAAACAACGCCUGGCGUGCAUCAGGAUCAGCACUUUUCGCACUCUGGAAGUAUGAGGAUGGCACCGAACUCAUCGAUGGUGGCUCGCCCGGGCGCUAAUAAUGUUGCCGGGGGUUCAAACAUUUACACUACACCCCGAAUCCAUUCGGUCCAAAGUCACGCAACCGGGUUCGACUCUCAUCCCUAUUCUAAUAACGUGAAUGGUGGUGGUAGUGCAAAACCAUCAGCAACAACGGGAUCGUCUCAAACGCAACGAAAGCAGCUACAAACUAGCCCUACAUCAAUUGCUACCCGCGAUACACCGGCUGGUGAAUUUAGUACAGAGAGAAGGUUGCUGGCUGGCUAUACACUUGCCUCCACUUGCGUGAGCAAUAGCAAUCCGGGAAGACCUAUAUCGACGGCACCGCUGACGCCCACAAUGCCAACAAUAACGUUAACACCAACCGGACGCGAUAGCAACCCCUCCACCACUGCCAGCCGUUCAAGCGCACCGAGCGUAUGGAAUCAAAUCGUCGUGCAAUCGGCUUCGGGCAGCGCUACUUCCACCGGUGAAUCGUUCUUCGACCCGCCGGUCUACAGAAUCGGAACGAUACACUCUGCUGCCAUCCUUGGGUGCGUUCCGAAUGCAACCGGUACUGGCAGCAAAAAUAGCUCCAAUGGGGAGACAGGAUCGAGCCCCCCCAACACGACGGUGCGUCGUCAUCCACGAUAGUAACAAAAACAAGCGGGCAGCUAUCGGUCGUAUGAUAUGAACAGAUUUCCUGCGAGUUCAAUGACGACGGUCAAUGAUUUUGCAGCUUCAGUUUACCGAAACGAACAAACAAACAAAACAAGCUCAGCUUAUUUUUCUAUACUCUUACUCUUUUUAUAAUCAAAUGUUUAAGAAUUCUCUAAUUUUAUUUUACAAACUAAAUAUCAUUGCUUUAUUUGAAGCAGGCAAUCAUCGAAACAAUUCGAUUAACAAAACAAAAUUACAAUUAUGAAGUUAUUCAGACCUUUUUUUCAAUUUGAACUAAUGAUAAAGGGCAAAAUGAACAAUUUGCGACGAUAAGUAGGAUUAAACGAUGUACAGCUUUAAUAAAAGAGAAAAACGUAUUUACGUUUAAACAACAACUUUAAGCGAUAUUGAAUAUACUUUCCUAAGAAAGAAUGUAAGAAAUGAA